CAGUAUUAUCAGACUGAAUUGAUAAGGGCCUACGCAGCUUACGAAAAAAACGAUAAAUAGGUACAACGAUAGGACCCUUAUCAUUCACUGUUGAUUUCACUUGCAGUACACAAGCUAUUUUAUUAUAGUAAUCAGUUUCUUUGUGAACAAAAAAAGUUAUAUUUUGAAGGCAUGCCGCCUCCUCACGCUCUUCCUUGCGGGCCCACGUGUGGCACGUACUGCACCCCGCACUGCAGACAUCGUAUUCGUAUGGAGACGCAGUACCCACCGAACCACGUGGUGCCGCCGCCGCACCACUACCCGCCGCCGCCGCACCACUACCCGCACCAUCCGCCGCCGUACCAGCCCCCGCCCCAUCAUCCACCACCACCACCACCGCACCACUAUCCACACUACGGAGUCCCACCACACAUGCACCGCUAACUCCUAAAAGAACCUCAGGCUCAUGCAAUCCAACGUGUGUAUUACCCGUUCGGGACAAGUUGAGACCUGUGUGGAAUUUGUAACAAAGGAAAUGUUAUGCAUUAUUAAUUAAUAAUAUUAACAAUGUCGGUAAUUCAUAUUAAUUUACAACUGAAUAUUACUUACAUAUAGACAAACCACCAUUAUUAUUAUUUAUUUCGUGAAUAUUCUACUGUGACGUAUUCGCUCAAGUCUCAUCUUGUCGCGCACGGGUUAUAGGAAGAACCAGCUUUUCCUGCUAUCUCGAUACGACACUGUGAUCGUUCUCAUUUUUAUGAACUCUACAACAAAUUCUUGGAAUUAUAAGAUCUGCGUUGUUUUUUUAUAAUCUUUCUAAAUUGAUAAAUUGUUAUUUAUCUUAUCGUGCUCGAUAAUUAGUGAAUGUACUUAAUUGAAGUACUCAAUGUAAAAGUGUAAGUAAUUACGCUAAAUAAAUGUUUAAAAAUAUCGAACUGA